AUGAAGGUGGCGCGCCUGCGGGCCGCCUUCCGCGCGUCCUACGGGAAGCUGAACCCCUCCGAGGGUGCAGAGGUGGACCCAGUGAAGCUCGCGGACCUUUUCGACCCGGAGGACCGCGCAGUGCGUGCGGCCGGCUGCGACCUGAGCGCCUACGCGAGCGCCCGCCUGCAGGAAAUCUGCGCGUCCAUGCGCCUAGAGCCGGAGGUGGCGUUCGCGGACCCCGAGGUCCAGGCCGUCCUCGCGCAGUUUGCGAGGGCGGCCCCGAUCUUCUCCGCCGCCGUGCAGGCGUACUGCAGGAGCGGCCUGAGCGAGGGGGACAUCCUGCUGCGCGCGGUCGAGGACUGGUCCCUCGACGCAGAGGCGAUGCGCUCCGCGCUGCUCGGCGCGCUCGGCGCCGCCGACGAGAGCUUCCUGCGGCAGACGGGCCUGCCAGCGCGCACGGCGCGCCAGCUGAGACUGCGGGAGCGCCUGGCGUGGCGCAUCGACGAGUGCGUGAUGCGCCUGCGCGGGCGGGUGGCCACCGAGCUGGAGCUCCGGCCGGAUGCCGCCAGCUCGCCGCCGGUCCUCGCGUGGGUCUGGCGGCUCGGCCGGUGGGCGGCCCCGCAGAUCAAGGACCGGGGGCCGUGCGCGGCGCCCGCGUGA